AGAACUUGUUAGAUUCAUAAUCGUUUCAAAUCACAGCCAAGUCUUCCCUAUCCUGGAGAUGUCCUCAUCUUUACCGUCAUCCGUAUCCCGUUUCCGAUCUCAGAUCCGAGCACCUUAAAAACCAUGGUUUUUCUUUUCUAGUGUCGUGUUUGAUGCUGAUUUUCCUCGCUCCCUUGCGUUGAGCGGUUCUCUCCCCUGCACCCGCAGCCACGAACGACGCCGUCGACAGAGUCGUCGCCGACAGUGCCACCAGUAUGAGCGAUCCUCCUCCAGCACAGGCGCUGUGGCCACUUUACGCUUGAACGUUUUGGGGGAAAACUGACAACCAUUUUCCUAAGGGAUGAGUAGUUUCUAACACCAACGAGUCUCUUUCGGCAUCCCGACACCUGCUUUCUUGAGAUGCAACUUUAGUAGAAACGCUUAUUUCCGGCACCUGGGUAGCGUGGAUUAUGUCCUUAUAUUUAUACGGUGGAAGUGCAUUGCUAAUUGAACCCAAAGAGAGAUGGCCACUGUGCACUCCUUGUCCGUGUGGUCUUUAAUUGAUGCGCCCUCUUAUCAUCCAUGUGCGUGUCUUCAUCGACCGCUUUCUCUGAAGAAAACGCAGGCAUUUCAGUCGAUGAGGAUCAGGAAAACCUGUCAUGAGUGGAGCCAUUUUCUGUGUCUAAGUAGUGACAGGGCUUCUAGAUGGAAAACUGCAGAGCUGAUUAUGUAUACUAAGAAGUCUUUAGUAAACAGUUCAAUGUUUCAGUAUUUGAAGAAGAUACAAAGGACUUUGUUGAUGUACUGCAAACCCUCAUUUUACCAUCACAUUUUGAAGUUCCAAGAGCGUGUGGCUGGUUUCCCAGAACUAAAGAGAUGGAAGAAUUUCAGAUACCACAUGCACUACCUUAUGGUUCGGUCAUUUGUUGGAGUGCUCAUUAUUUUAUCUGUUUCGGUUGCUGUCAGUAACAAUCCAUCAUACGCAGUGACUGAGGAGAAUCUGUUGUUUUUGGAGGCAUGGAGGACUAUUGAUCGUGCCUAUUAUGACAAAACUUUCAAUGGAACUGGAUGGUUUCGGUACCGUGAAAAAGCACUUCGAGAAGAGCCAAUGAAUACACGAGAAGAGACAUGUACACAUUUCCAUAUGUACAAAUACACUUUUUAUGUUGAUACUGCAAUAAAGAAGAUGAUUAGAGAAUUGGAUGAUCCCUUCACUCGAUUCCUAGAACCUGAAAAGUUCAAGAGCUUGCGGUCUGGCACUCAAGGAGCUCUUACAGGCGUGGGUUUGUCCAUUGGCUACCCUAAAGAAACAAAGGAACCAUCUACUGGACUUGUGGUUAUCUCAGCUACACCUGGUGGACCUGCAAAUAGAGCAGGUAUUCUGCCUGGAGAUAUUAUUCUAGCAAUUGAUAAUAAAAGCACCACCAGCAUGGGAUUAUAUGAUGCGGCUGAUCACCUUCAAGGGCCAGAGGGAAGUCUAGUGGAAUUAACAAUUCGUAGUAGUCCAUCUGAAGAAAAGAAUAUAUCACUUAAGCGAGAGAAGGUUAAGUUUAGCCCAGUAACGUCAAGGAUGUGUGAAGUUUCAAGUUUGGGAAAGGAGCGCAAGAAAAUUGGAUAUAUCAAGCUUACAUCAUUUAACCAAAAUGCCUCCGGAGCUGUGAAGGACGCUAUUGAAAGUUUGAGAAAAAAUAACGUAGAUGCCUUUGUCCUUGACCUUCGAAAUAAUAGUGGUGGUCUAUUCCCUGAAGGAAUUGAGGUUGCAAAGAUCUGGAUGCAAAAAGGUGUCAUUGUCUAUAUCUGUGAUAGCCGAGGUGUGAGGGACAUGUACGAAGCUGAUGCAAACAAUGCGAUAGCAACAUCAGAGCCCUUAGCGGUGUUGGUGAACAGAGGAACUGCAAGUGCGAGUGAGAUACUUGCUGGAGCCCUAAAGGACAACAACCGUGCAGUAUUGUACGGAGAACCGACGUUUGGGAAGGGAAAAAUCCAAUCAGUCUUCGAACUAUCUGAUGGAUCUGGGUUGGCUGUUACUGUUGCUCGUUACGAGACCCCUUCUCAUAUUGAUAUUGACAAGGUUGGCGUGAUCCCCGAUCACCCCCUCCCAGCAACGUUUCCUCUGGACGAAGACCAAGUGUGCAGCUGCAUCGACGCCACCACUUCCUCUUGCAGCCUUGACAGAGCCAAGUUGUUCUCCAAGUGACUCGACCUCUUGAAUCCUCCUCUUCUCGUCCUGUUCUUGGGUUUCAUCAACAGAGGCACACUAGCCACCUUCAUUUUCUGACCGUCUCCACAGCACCCGAUUUAGUAUAUAUUUCAUAUUUUGUGGAAAUAUUUUGGUUUCCAUUCCAUUCUUUUGUGGAAAUAUGUUUGUUUCCGAGGAACCAUACUCGGGGUAAUACUUGGUUGUGCUGGUUUAAUCUGCCCACACCUGUAAUUGUCUCUCCCACAAUUGUGACCAAUAUAUUUCACCUGAUAUGAGCUAUUUUUACUCGGUCA